CUUGCCGAGUUGCCGCCUGCACAAUUUUUAUAGAAGUUCGCGCGUCAGUUGCAUUACAAUAGGAACCAAUAAUAUAUUUCAUGCAAUAACUUGGCAAAAUGGGUGCCUAUUUAUCAGAACCAGUUACUGAAAAGAUGUCUAGUGAUGAAGCAAACGAUAAACUGGAAUGCGGUGCAAGCUCCAUGCAGGGUUGGCGUGUUAACCAAGAGGAUGCACACAACACAAUUUUGGAUUUUGACGAGAACACAUCAAUGUUUGCUGUAUAUGACGGCCACGGGGGCGCCGAAGUAGCUACAUAUUGUUCACAAAAUUUACCAAAUUUCAUUAAGAACAUAGAGGCAUAUAAAAAUGGGGAUAUGGUUAAAGCUUUGACGGAUGCAUUUCUUGGAUUUGAUGCAAGUAUUGCCACAAAAGAGGUUAUGGAUAUAUUAAAAGAACUGGCAGGUGAAAUUAACCCUCCAGGGCCUAGUGACAAUGAUGAGUCAGAAGAUGAAAACAUUAGUAACCUGUACAAGGAAGCAAAACUGCCAUUACAGGAAGUUCUGGCUAAGUAUGAAAACAAACUGACAUCUUUGCACCGAGCAAGACUAGGUGAUACAGCUACACCACUGUCACCGUGCCUACGUGCCAAGAAAAAUAAUGAGGAACCAGGAGGUUCAGGUGCUGGAGCUUCUAGUUCAAGUUUGGAAUUAGUAGAAGUAGCAGAAUCCAGCUCUGAGCAGAAUGUUGAUGAGGCUACAUCAAGUAGAAAUGGCUUAUCUUCAGUAGAGGAAACAAAAAAAACUGAUGAUGACACUGGUGGAGUCUCUUCAACAAAUUCUAAUGAUGAUAAAGAAGUCAAUGGUGAAGUGUCCACUAGUGAUCAAAAUGACAAUGUUGAUAAAACUGUAGCUAUGGAAUUAGAUAAAACAUCGAAUACACCGGAUAGUUCUGGAGAAAACUGCACUCAGCCAGAACAAAGUGCAGAUUCGAAGAAAUCUGAUAAUGAUGCCGUAUCAGAAGUGUGUAAUGGAGAGGUUACUAAUUCCAAGGUUGAUGUAGAAAAUAACAUCAGUUCAUCAAAUGGAUCAACAACUCCCGCAAAAUCUGAUUCAGCUAAAGCUUCAUCUGUAUCAAGUUCAAACAAAGCUACUCCUGAAAGGCCAAAGAAAGCAAAACUGCGAAGGGCUGCUGCAGCUGUAUAUGAAACAUUAUUGAGACAAACCCCUGCAGAUGACGAUGAUGAUGAUGAAAGUGAUUCAAAUGAUGAAAACUUUGAGGGAGGGGAAGUUAAUUCCUCCGAUGAAGAAAAUGUUAAUGGUGUGGAAGAGUCUUCUAAUGACAGAGGUGAACCAGAAGAAGAAGACGAAGAAGAAGAAUAUGAAGCUGAAUCAAGUGAUGAAGAAGGGGACUUCAGUAUGGCAGAAGAACCUGGAAAUGACAGUGGUUGCACAGCAGUUGUAGCUCUUCUAAGAGGCAAUGAAUUAUAUGUGGCAAAUGCUGGUGACUCCCGUUGCAUAAUAUGUCGAGAAGGCAAAGCAAUUGAUAUGUCAAUAGACCACAAACCAGAGGAUACACCAGAGUUAGACAGGAUCACAAAAGCAGGUGGCAAGGUAUCCAAUGAUGGACGCAUCAAUGGUGGACUAAAUUUGUCACGAGCUAUUGGUGAUCAUUCUUACAAACAGAACAAAGACUUGGAUGCUAAAGAGCAAAUGAUUACAGCAUUACCAGAUGUGAAAACAUUAACAAUUGAAUCUACAAAAGAUCAGUUUAUGGUACUAGCUUGUGAUGGGAUCUGGAACUAUAUGUCUAGUCAAGAUGUUUGCAACUUUAUCCUUCCCAGAUUGGCAGAAGGUAGAGAGAGGCUAUCGCAAAUUUGUGAGGAGAUGUUUGAUCACUGUUUGGCACCAAGUACAAUAGGAGAUGGAACAGGGUGUGACAACAUGACUGCUAUUAUAGUGCGAUUUAAAGAUGGCGUUGUCGCGGACGUAGGACAAUAUACAAAUAAUGUUGAGGGCUCGAAAAAACGCACUGCUGACGAAAGUGAUGACCAACAGGAAACAAAGCGGCAAAAAAUUGAUGAUCCUUUAUCAAGUUCAGUAGUGACGUCGAGUGUUUAGAACUUACGAUUUGACUUAAGUAUACAGUGUUCAAGCUACACAGAGUAUAGUAUAAUGUUAGAGACAUUGCUAUGAUUUGCUACUGUAGUUUUAAAAAACAGGUACUCUUAACGUUCUACUAAAUUGGAAGAAAUAGUUUUUCUUGUUAUUAAGCAGUUAAGAACAAUAUUUUUUUUCCAACAUUUCACUGAAGGUACAAUAUGUUUCUUGAAUAUUCUGUGUGCUUUACAUUCAAUCAUGAUUUUUUAAAUAUUCUAAAUUGUAUAAUUUUGAAUUGAUUUUCUUAAACAAAAAUGUUGACGCUCACCUAGUAAUAAAAUCAAUUCAUAAAUUUUUCAUUCAUUCGUUUAUCGAUCUUGCAUGAAUAUCAUGAGUUAUAUUUUUAGUUUAAUUAUAUGUAUCUAUUUAUGACAUUUUUUAUUUUACUUUUUGAUUGGCCAUUGGAAAAUAAACUUUAAUUAAUAGUGAAUACUGUGCUUAAUAUUUUGUAAAAGACAAUUGACUGUUAUUAUUGUACUUUUUUAAAAUAUUUGAUACCAGUGGAAGACUAAAACAGCUUGAGUAAUAAAAUAUUAUAGAACUGACUUAAUGAUGAUAGACUAUAAGAAAGUAAGUAAUGGUGUUAGUUAUAAGAUUUAUUUUUGAGUUAAAGAAGGACUAUGAAUAUCAAGUUUUGUUUUCUUGUUUGUUGGGUAAGGCACAAACUGGGCUAAUUUAAAUUAAUACUAUAAUUACAAAUACAAAAUUUGCUACUUACAAAUAAAAAAAUAUUAAAAGUUCAGUAAAAUUAUGAAAGAAAAAAUAAAUUAUCAAUUGAGCUACUGUUGUUCUAACUGGCACCUAUUAGUACAUUUUAUGAAAGAAAACAUUAGUUGUAAGUAUAACCACCACACUAUUGUCAUUAAAUUGUAAAAACUUUGUUUCAAGACUACUUUUUAGGUGUUUGUUACAACAAUUGUGACAUUGUUAUUGGCAUGUUCCUACAUUAAAAUUAUUCUAAAAUAAAAUGUUGUGAAUCAAGGGAGUGAAAGUAUAUUUUUAA